AGCAAGGAACGGAACCAUUUACGAAAACUCAAGCUUUUGAACGCGGAAAUUAUAUCUUCUUCGAUCCAAGUACUUGGGAGAAGGUUAAAAAAGAAUACAUUCUUAUGUACGAAGCCUUAGAGGAACGGCCUACGAUGCUAAGUUCAAUGGGUGGUUCAUCGUCUUCAUCAAGUCUUUCUUCACUAUCAACACCAAGCUUACAACAAGCUGCUGCCGCCCAACAAAAUCUUGCAUCAAGCUCAAUGAAUAUGGCAAAUCUUAUGAAUUUAGGAAAUUUAUCUUCAACAGUCGGUGGUGCAAGCGGGCUAAAUCCUGGCUCUCUGGCCGGUUUGGGCGCCGCAAAUCCUGCACAACUGCAGCAACUACAUCAUCAAUAUCCUACAGGAGCAACCAACUCGGGAUCACAUCAUCAAUUAGGUGGGCCCGGCCUUGUACAAGGCGGGCAUUACAUUGCACAGUGA